UUCCAAUCUUGAACACACAACACACAGUCGCCAUCUCUCUCUUUAUCUCACUUCUCACACCCAUAAAUUUAGGGAAUCAAAAGAAUAUUAACAAAAGAAAGAAAAAAAAAACUUUUUAUCUUCAAGAAUUAAGAAAGUGUGUGCUGGGUUGCAAAACGCCAAAACCUAAUUCAAGAUCCUCUCACUCAAAGAAAGGAAAGAUUCAAGAUCAGUAGCGAAGGAGAUCAGGUACAAUGGCGAGAGAGAAGAUAAGAAUUAAGAAGAUAGAUAACCUAACAGCGAGACAAGUUACUUUCUCUAAGAGAAGAAGGGGAAUCAUCAAGAAAGCCGGUGAACUUUCGAUUCUUUGCGAUGCUGAUGUUGCUCUCAUCAUCUUCUCUGCCACUGGAAAGCUCUUCGAGUUCUCUAGCUCAAGUAUGAGAGACAUAUUGGGAAGGUAUAAUCUUCAUGCAAGUAACAUCAACAAAAUGAUGGGUCCACCUUCUCCAUAUCACCAGCAGCUAGAGAAUUGUAACCUCUCCCGACUAAGUAAGGAAGUGGAAGACAAAACCAAGCAGCUAAGACAAUUGAGAGGAGAUGAUCUUGAAGGAUUGAACUUAGAAGAGUUGCAGCGGCUGGAGAAAUCGCUUGAAUCCGGACUCAGCCGUGUGUCUGAAAAGAAGGGCGAAUGUGUGAUGAGCCAGAUAUCUUCACUUGAGAAACGGGGAUCGGAGCUGGUGGAUGAGAAUAGGAGACUGAGGGAGCAACUAGUGACGUUGGAGAUGGCUAAAACGAUGGCGUUAAAGGAGGCUGUGGAGACAGAGUCGGCGACAACAAAUGUGUCAAGCUAUGACAGUGGAGCUCCUCUUGAAGAUGACUUCUCAGAUACUUCCCUUAAGCUUGGGCUUCCCUCCUGGGAAUGAAAUUGGAGAAAGAAGGGUGCAACAGAGUUGACAUUGAUGAGAAUGAAACAAACUGAUUCAUGUCUCCCUUUUGUCACUGUCUUUCCUUAUUUAAUAAAUGUUGAAAACAAUUGAAAUGGCCGGAAGCUCGAAUUAUCAUUGCGUUUUGUGGAGACUGUGAGCAAUAAGCUUCUCACAUCGUGUUAUUGUUUCUCUUUGUUUUCUAAAACUAUUUUGCAACAAAGAAAAAUCAAUGGACCUGCUGCUAUUCUCUUUAAUUGAUUUUAACACCCAUC